AAAUUUUAUAACAAGUUUUUAAGCAGUAAAAUUUUUUCUUUUUAGUCUCAGAACUAAUUAAAAAAUUUGUUGCAGGUAUUUUUAUAUCUCCAAAAGGAGUAAUCGCUGAAACCGGAAGUGUUGGACUGUCAUUAAUAGUGUGGAUAUUAUGUGGAUUUUUGUCAAUGAUAGGAGCACUUUGUUAUGCAGAAUUGGGAACAAGUAUUCCUAGAAGUGGUGGAGAUUAUGCUUAUAUUCAUGAAGCUUUUGGUGAACUUCCUUCUUUUUUAUAUUUAUGGGCUGCUAAUUUAAUUUUUGUACCAACAACAAAUGCAAUAAUGGCAUUGACAUUUGCUGAAUAUGUUUUACAGCCAUUUUUUCAAGACUGUGUGAUACCUGAUGCUAGUGUACGACUUAUAGCUGCUUGUACAAUAUGUUUAUUAACUUUUAUAAAUUGUUACGACGUUAAAGAAACAUCAAAAAUGCAAAACAUCAUCAUGUUUGCUAAAAUAAGUGCACUGUUCAUAAUAAUAAUUGCUGGACUGUCAUGGUUGUGUUUGGGACACACUGAAAAUUAUGAGGAACCUUUUAAAAGCACAACAGUAGAUCCCGGUAAAAUAGCAAUUGCAUUCUAUUCUGGUAUAUUUUCAUACUCUGGAUGGAACUAUUUAAAUUUUAUGACUGAAGAAUUAAAAGAUCCUUAUAAAAAUUUACCACGUGCCAUUUAUAUUUCACUGCCAUUAGUUACGAUAAUAUACGCGUUGGCGAAUGUUGCGUAUCUUGCAGUGCUUAAUCCUACGGCGAUGAUUGCUUCUCAUGCUAUUGCUGUGACAUUAGCUGAUAAACUUAUGGGUCCAAUGUCUUGGAUAAUGCCAGUAUUGGUAGCAACAUCAGCAUUUGGCGGAUUGAGUGUCCAUAUUAUGACGUCGUCACGAAUGUGCUUUGUUGGAGCUCGUAAUGGACAUUUUCCGGCUAUGUUGAGUCAUAUUAAUAUCAAAAGAUUUUCACCGACACCUGCUUUAGUUUUUUUGUGUAUAUUAUCAUUGAUGAUGCUGUGUACAAGUGAUAUUUUUGUACUGAUAACGUACUGCAGUAUAGUCGAGUCAUUUUUCAUAAUGAUAUCAGUCGCUGGAAUUUUAUGGCUAAGGUACAAACGUCCGAACAUGCCACGGCCGAUCAAAAUACCAAUCCUAGUACCAAUAGUAUUCGUAAUUAUCUGUUUAUUUCUGGUAAUUGUACCUUGCCUCGAGCGACCCAUUGAAGUUGGCAUGGGUGCACUGAUUACAUUAUCCGGCGUACCGGCUUAUUUUGCUGGUAUUGUGUGGAAGAAUAAGCCAAUGUGGUUCCUCAAUUUAAAUGAAAAGGCAACCCACGUGGUUCAAAAAUUGUUCAUAUCAGCCAGAGAAGAAAAAGAUGAUUAG